AUGAAGAAGCAGUUCUUUCGUGUAAAGCAAUUGGCUGAUCAAACUUUUCUUAAGGCUGAGAAAAGCGAAAUUUUCAACCAUGAAGAACUACAAAUUGCUGAUCAGAAAGUUGAGUUUCUUAGGGGAGCUGUCAGCUCUAUCACUAAGAAAAUUGCCCCGAAUGGACCCACCGUAGAUCCAGAAAAAUUAUUGAAAAAAACCGUUGAAUACCAACUAGGCACAACUUUUAUAGAAGAAUCUAAACAAUCUAGAGACUGUCCCCUAAUUCAUGUUAUCCUAAAAGAAUGCGGUGCUGUGGAGCAACAGCUGGCAAGAGACUACUCCGAUCAUGAACUUAAAGUUGAAGAACUAGUCUAUGCACCGUUGCAAAACGUUCUAGAAAACGAUUUUCCAAAUAUACUGAAGCACAAACACAAUUUAAAGAAGUAUUGUUUGGACAAAGACUCUGCUAGCAACAGAUACCAGGCUUCCGGUAAGGACACUUUGCGCGAAGACAUGGAGGAGGCCGAUACGAAGGUAGAGCAAAGCCGAGACGCUUUGGCCAUAGAAAUGUUCAACGUUUUAGCUAAGGAAAAUGAAAUAUCCGAGUAUAUUUUGCAGAUGUUGAAAGUGCAGAGGAGUCAUCACGAAAGUGCUCUUAAAAAUUUGCAGUCUGUGAUUCCUCUUUUGGAAAAAAUAAUUGGUGAUAGUGCAGUAAGGAAAGUCUUCGGUACGUCACUGAAAGAACACCUUCGAAUUACCAACAAACGGAUCGCUUAUCCAUUGGAAAUUUGCAUAUCAGCGUUGACUGAAUACGGAAUGUCCGAGGAGGGUUUAUUCCGGGUAGCUGCUAGCACAUCAAAAGUGAAAAGACUGAAAGCCUCUAUCGAUUCAGGGUGUUUUUCUCACCUCAUACCGGAGUACAGGGACGUUCAUAUUUUGUCUAGUUUAUUGAAACUGUAUCUUAGGGAAUUGCCGGAGCCUUUGUUGACCUAUCAUUUGCACAAGGAUUGGCUGGACGCUGGACAGGUACCAGAAUCCCAUCGCUUAGAAGUCGUAAGAGACAUCAUACAAAGGCUGCCGCAAGAAAACCGAGACAAUCUAGCUUACCUCUUCCAGUUCCUCUCCAAACUUGCCAAGCACCCCGAAAACAAAAUGACGGCUUCGAACAUCGCCAUAGUCCUAUCGCCUAACCUGCUUUGGAACAAGCACGAAAAUUUGAACGUUAAUAUCGGUAAUUGCGUAACCGUCAAUAUUCUAGUCGAGCUAAUGGUUAAGGAAAGUGAUAAUCUGUUUCCGGAAGACGCCAGCAAGCUGGUUAGCUUUUUGGACAUAUUUCAGGACGAGGACACUUCUAGUAAUUUCAAGGCAAGUAAUCCCAAUUUGGAUCAUAUCAUGGACAGUCCGAAGCCCAAUCAGAGAAAGAAAAAGUCUGCACCCGUGCCUCCUAUCUCAAGGAUAGACAAAGUUGAUAGUACACCGAAGGCAGUGCCCACUUCGCCAAAGAAUUUAAUUAAGUCAGAUGAAAUCAAAGUCAUACAUAAUCCGCCUAUCCAACAAUCACCUCCACAUCAACAACAACCAACUCCACAUCAACAACAACAACCAGCACAUCAACAACAACCACAUCAACAACAAUUACCACCGCACCAACAACCACCCCCUUCUGUUGCGACCAACAACUCCCACACACAUCCUUUCAAAAUCAAACCCGAAGAAGCACCCCCUAAAAUACCGCAGGCAGCGGCACACAACAAUCCCGGUAAAGAUAAAGAAACGUCGACCGCUAAACUAGUACAAGUUAAAAGUCAUCCGUCUACUCUUCCCCGACCGAACGAUGUAAACAAGAAACCGCCGUCGCCAAGCACAAAAGAUGGCGUCAGCCAGACAAUCCACAAAUCUGACAGGGCCACGAUGACUGAGGGGGUGAACAGCGCGAAGCCUCCGACUGCGGCGCAGAAUAAGACGACCGAACAGAAAUUUUCUUCCAGCAUCUAUCAUAAGGUCAGCACCCCAACUGUGAUACCCGACAAUAAACCCGCCGAAGACGCCGAAGAAAUCCCAAUCCGAAGAAAAGAUCCUAGUAUGAAACCCGAAAUCCCAGCCCGACCCUCAUCGCUGCGAACGACGGCGCAAUGUUCGGUGUACAACGUCGCCAAUAAGCAACAGCCCAGCUACAUCAACAUACAAGGCAAACAGGAGAUCUACCAACCCGGUCACGACAACAAAAUCGCCGACAAGGAACGAUUUUUGGGCCACAGGGCCGAAGACAGAGACUCGAAUCACAACAGUGACGGUACGAAUAACAGAACUUUAUCGGGCGACCAUCUGGACAGUGAAGUGCAGAUCGACAUGGUCAAAUCAGCCGAUAGUAUCGAGAAGAGUAACGAAAUAUGUGAUAGGAAGAACGCAAACCAAAAGUCUAGUCAUACUCGAGCCAGGUCCGACGGGGGGAUCAUAGAUUUGAAUAAGACGGUUAUGAAUACCGGUACGGUGGGUAGGAAUUUAAGUAAACCUACCCAACCGCCUCCUCCUCCGCCCGAUUUGUCAUAA